CCAGCUGGCUGUUUUUUCCUCAGUAUCACAGGAUAUAUAUUCAGUGGGCAUUUCAACCACUCAACACAAAACAAAGUGAGCUAGUAAAUACCACUCAGUGCAUGAUACGGCGCAGCAUGGCAGCUCCAUUGUUGGCGUUUGGCAGAACUCAGCCUCAGGAGGAGAGUGGACAGCAGCUUCAGAGACAAACCCCCAGUCAAUGGCAAAUCCAGUCAGCGCAAACCUCAGCUCCGGAGGACCGCACAGCCCUGACUCCCCUGGAAUGAAACGUCCGUUCAGCCCAGCAGCUCUGCCGAGCACGGAGCUGGACAGCAGUGGGUUUGGCGCCGGGCUGGGAGUGCAGAUGGCCGUUGAGCCUCACUGCGAAACCCAGGAUGAGGGUGCAAUACCAGAUGAGCAGUCACUAGGGGGUGCCCUGCCUUCUGCACUCUGCCGACCCAAAAGGGAGAGAAAGCAGCGGAGCUACACGUUGUGUGAGGUCUGCAACAUCCAACUCAACUCAGCCGCGCAGGCCCAGAUCCACUACAAUGGCAAAUCCCACCAGAAGAGACUCAAGCAGAUCAGCAAUGGCAAGAUGCCAAGCAACACAGGUACGUCAGCCCAGGGCAGCCCCCUGCUGGCUUCCCUCCCCGUCCCGGGACGGCCUCUGCAGCCUCAGCUCGACCUCAAACACCUCCUGCCCUUCAGACUCAAUGGAUCCUCCCCUCUCAGCCUCUUCCCCAAUUUUAACACGAUGGACCCUGUCCAGAAGGCAGUGAUCAACCACACAUUUGGAGUCCCUCAGCCCCUCAAGAAGAAACAGAUUAUCUCCUGCAACAUUUGCCACCUGCGUUUUAACUCAACGAACCAAGCAGAGGCUCACUAUAAGGGCCACAAGCACGCCCGGAAGCUCAAAGCCAUGGAGGCCCAGAAGAACAGGCAACGACGAGCUGGAGAGGCCUCGUCCACAGGAAGAGAGAGAGAUCGAGACAGAGAACGGGAACGGGAACGAGAUCAGGACAGGAGCAAGACAUCCACAUCGGCGGCCGCUCUUCCUGCACUCAUGGAUACAAGCUUACUGGAGGGAACAAGUCUUCAGUCUGACCUUGAGCCAGCCAACCUGGAGGCAAAGCUUGAAGAGAGUCCCAGAAGUUCAGUUAUGUUGACACCAGUGUCCGAGGUUUCCUCCAUGGAGCUGGUCACUCUCUCCCCUCCUCAGAUUUCGCCUUCGUCACAGCUCUCAGAGACUGCCUCAGACACCAGCACCCCCGAAGUCCCAGAGGCUAUCGAGGCCGUGGAUCCAACCACUGAGACCGGAAGCCAUGCAGAUGCAUCCAGCGUAAAAGAGGAGCCCCGUACAGAUGAGGACAAAGACCCCAAGAAGAGCAAGGCUCAUCUCCAUUGUCCUGUCUGUAAAGUCACAGUCAACUCCAUCUCCCAACUGGAAGCACAUAACAGUGGCACAAAGCACAAACUGAUGCUGGAAGGUCACAGUGUUUUGCCGCGGCGAAGGGGGAAAGUGGUGGCAGCUCGCGUGGGCUGCAAGAGCAAGCGGCUGGCUAGCAAAGGCAGCGUCGGCGUGCCCAGCAAGAACUUUCAGUGUGAAGUGUGUGAGAUCUUUGUGAACUCUGAGACUCAGCUUAGCCAGCACAUGAAUAGCAGAAGGCACAAGGAUAGGCUGGCUGGAAAACCACCCAAACCCAAAUUUACCCCCCACAGCAAGAGCCAGCCAAGCACCAGCUUAGCGAACGUGAGAUGGAGUGGCUAUGCAGGCGUGGCUGUGUCUGCCAUGAAGAAAGCGUUCAGCCAGUACAAUCUCACCUCCCUCUCCUCGCAGACCAAACUGGCCUUGCAGAAGCAGCUGACCAAGAGCUUGACAACUGGCUUCCUGCCCAGCCCCCUCACCCAGCCAACGCUGUGCACAAUGGCGACUAACCCGCUGGCUCUGCGCCAUCCAGUGGGCACCACCACCUUCAUUCAGACACCCUUCCUGGGCCCUGCACUGUUUCGGCCCGCCCCGGGUCCGCUGCGGGCCACACACACACCCAUCAUCUUCUCCCCUUACUAAAAACUUGACCCACAUCCCAUCUGAGCUCCACCCUUGUCCCUUUACCAAACCCCAGGCCCUCCCUUAGUGUGACCCACAUGACAAAGGCCACACGCAAACUAUGCAGCCCGUCUGACUUACACGGAGAGAGUGCACAAGCCCUGACGCUCAGGAGGCCAUCAGGCCUGAGAGCUGUUCCUAUCAUAAAGGCCAAGGUCCCCCAUCAUGCCUUCUUUCUGCUCCUCUUAUCAUGACCUACGGAGCAGGACAGGCCUCCAGACAGUGACUGGUGCACAGAGGCCGCA